AUAACAUGGAACGCUGACUGAACGGGAUCCGCUAGUUCUGCGGUAUAAUGUUGCGUCUGUAGGUCCAUGGUUCACCCCCAAAGUAAUCCGGCAAUAGAUCAGAAAGUUAAAUCGGUCAAAUGGAUUUUAUCACAUAAUUUCAAGCGCUUCAAGUACACCGAUAAUAAACUAUCAGUGGUCAUAUUUUGCUAUGUGAACAGCGUCGCAUCAUCGACAGAAGGGCGACAGAUCCGAGAUACAUUUUUCAGAUGAGAGUUCCGCUUUGACGGAGGAGAUUAUGACAUUUACUUGAAUGGAAAUUUUUUUUAUAAUAUAGUUUUGGUUGUGUUUACUUGACUUAAACUAGUGAAAUUAUGACAUCCAGUGGGAAAGGGCUCGAAUCACGAUCUUCGGAGACGUCAUCACCAGGCGACAUCAAUUCGCAGUCAGAUAUGAAGGAAGUCAUCAAGGUCGUUCUCCUGAAGGUGGCUAACAAGACAACGUCUCGCUAUGGCGUCACGCUCUUCCUCUUCUGUUCAUCCAUGUGGCUCCUAACACAGGCAUUUCUGGCCCUUCACAAUGGCUGCUGGAUCAGCAACCCACAGAUUCUCAGCAAGAUCAAGGAGAAGACAGCAGCAGACUGCCGGAUGUCGAAACAUGGAGCGGGAAUCCACAAAGAACAGGUCAAAGUUUUGCCAGACCCAAACCUGGUGCCUGACGCCUUUCAUCAUCUGUUGUCGGGACAAACAGAUGGUGGCCCAGUUGAUGUUGACAGGACAGUUUUUAAUGUUAUUGUGGAAAGGGAAGUCGCUGCCCAAGCUAGGGCACCGUUGUCUCAGGCUAAGAGUGACGCUCAAAGGAUGGAGCAGAAAGAGACCGUGGACGUUGCAGAAGGUCAGAGGGAAAUAAGGUCAGAGAGCAAACUUGUGGGUAACCAACUUGUAUUAGAGCCAAAUGCAAAUAAGAAUACAAUAACGUACUUCGGUUUGACCAGUGAAAACAAGACAGAUUCUCAUCAAGACAAGGCUCCUGCUCAAGACAGAAAUUUCGUCCUGAACAAAGUUCAAGGACAUGACCAAGCAAUGAUAGGAAACAACGGGACGACGAUGAAACAGUCAUCAAGGGAGCCUACAGCAAAGCCAUACAUUCCGCUACCAUCGGGGUCCGGUGUACCGGCCCUAAACCCAGUCCCUUACACGCUCCCUCCAAACAUUUCCAAGAAUGUUUUCAAGAUCACCAAAUCAUCUUGGGAGACCAUGGGUUGCUUCAACCGCGUGACGAUAUUUGCCCCAGGCGCGAAUGCCUUGCCCAAAGACAGCGAGUGGCGGGAGUUAUACCAAUCCUUCAGGAAAUACCUCAUGGGAUAUUACCUCCUGAAGUGUCCUGAGAGUGUAUGCGAUAUCAUCAUGCGUACCUCUACAUUGCCGAAGACAAUCGCAGCAAGCAGCGCUGUGCUUGUAGGCCCAGGCAUGAAAAACAUGCGCAAAAAGACGCGUUUGGUUAUGGACGAAGUGAAACGUCUUACUCCUGAUAAUCUCCUCAAGGUUUAUCUAUUCUCUCUAGAUAACUCCCCGAUGAUGAACCAUUAUGACCCAUCUCUGGCGAACUUCGAGUACCACUACAGUAUGACCUAUCACUCCCAAUCAGAUGUGCCAAUACCUUAUGGUCGGUACCGUGAAGGGGUUGGUGCAGAAACCGCAAGGAACUGGGCAUAUGGUAAGAAAGGUCUCGUUGCUUGGGUCGAAGACAACUGUGACAGGACUUUCUGGCCACGCAUCGAGUACGUUCGUGAGCUCAGCAAACACAUCUCUGUUGAUAUAUAUGGUAAAUGUGGGAAUAGGACGUGUAAUUCGACACACUGCAAAGAAGAGUUGAAAGGCUACAAAUUUUACCUCGCGUUGGAGGAAGCAGCCUGCGACGAAUUUUUGACGCUGAAUUUCUGGCAACGCGCCCUGUCAUCUGGGGCCGUGCCCGUGGUUUACGGGGGAAAGAAAUACGCCUACACUAAAGUUGCGCCUCCAGAUUCGUUCAUCCACCUAGCCGACUUCGAAUCUCCUGCAGAACUGGCUAGAUAUCUCCUCAAACUCAGCUCAUCAGACACUGAAUACAACAGAUUCCACCACUGGCGGACUCAGGGGUCUGUUCAAGUUUCUGGGCCAGGGUUCAGCCUAGACUCUUUAUGCGGUAUGGUGCCACAAUUGAUUCACCUGUCACCGCCUAAGAGAAGAGUGAUGUCAAGAGGAAAGUUUUACAGGAGUUGUCGAAAGGGUAUCUAUGUCAAUGGUUUCGCAGGGUCAGGAGAUCUUAGCAACUGGACACCCUGGAGGUAAUCAAAACUAUUUUACACAAAACCGGAAACAGUUCAAUAUCCUGCAAUCAAAAUAAUAACAGUUAAUAAGUAUUAUACACAAAAUUGCGGUGACAAUCAAACAUUUCUGUUAACAUGUUUUGAUAGGAAAUUUUGACUUGGACAUGAUGGAUGAAGGAUUGAGAUAUGCCAUUUGAAUUCAAGUUUCUAUGACGGCUGUCAGUCCGGACGUCAGAAUCGCCGAGACACAGCCCGAUUUUGAAGCAAGGGUGUGGUGACCUAAGACACUUAAGACUUGCUCCCCUGAAGAGGAUCAUGACUUAAAUUAAAGUAAAUUAAAUUCAAUUAUGUUAUUGUCGUGUUCAAUGAUUAAAAAACAAAGUCGUCCUCAGACUUUGUGCAUUGAAACAAAAAAUAAUCAAAAUACCAUAUAUCAUUCAGUGCGUCCCGGAAAAACACCGAGCAUUGUCAAUAAGUUAUCAUAACUUAUUAAUACAUGCCAUAAGAAGACCUAUUAUUGUAAAGCUCGGUGUCCCCUCCUUCAUCUCAUUUAGCUUUAACGAUUUCUCAUUCAUGGAUGGGCGGAAAUCCCAGGGGGACGCGUCCCCCCUACCGAAAGUAGUAGGGGGACACAAUAUCAAAUGUCCCCUAUUAUUUUUGGUAUUUUAUGAUGGAAAUAAAUACAUUAUUCAAAAUCGAAAAGAAACCUGUAUUUUGGGCGAGAUGACGUUACAUUUUUGGGUGAUUUUUUUUUCUUUUGCUCGUCAGAUAGUCCAGCCUGUGACCCCCCUAUCUUUGGGGAGAGAUUUCCGCCCUUGCAGUCGUGCGUGAGGAAAACAAUUUGAAGAAAGGAUACCAAAAAGGCAAUCAGCAGACGGUAUCUGACACUCAAAAAGAAAAACUUAAUAUAUAUGCUUUUCAAAAUUAAUAUCCAAAAGCGAGAAAUUAAUCAAUGAAUAAUCAGGUUCCGUUUAUAUAAGAAUGCUGCUUUUCUUGCUGAAGUUUAGAUGCUGUUCGCCAAACGGUCCUUUCUACAGAUUGUUUUAUUCACACGUGUGACAUUUGAGAUUAAGUUAUGAUAAAGCAUUGACAAGUCUCCGUUGUUUUAUUCUCAGACGCACUGUAUAAAUGAUACAUCAUACUUUGUCAAAGGAGAUACAUAUGUCUUUGCAUGACAAAAUGGUGCCGAAAUCACAGCUCAUUUACGUUCUGCGUUAAGAGAACACCUUUAUAUUUCUGAAACAUUGUACAGGCCAGGUUUUAAAUACAAAUUGCUUGAUUUUUGAGAAGGUAUACCAUGAACUGUUUUAAGUCUUAAUGCUUACUGUAUUUAUUAUUCACUUGCAAGAAUCUCGUUGCACUCUGUCUGAAAGAGGCAUUUUUAAAAAAUAUGCUAUCAUAUGCCAUCAUAUGGUACUAAUAUAAAAAUGUGUAGAAGGAAUAUUUUUCGCAAAUGCUACAUUCCUCAAUUUUCAUUCAUUCAUUAGAUUUGUCACUAUUGUU